GCAACAUCGAAGGAGGAGAGCCACACACAGCAAAACACAAGCAAAACACACCUUGUCCUUUACAAUGUCCACCAUCGCGGCUGGUGUUGUUGUUGGUGGAGUUUGGGAGAAAUGCACACAAAUCAUCGGCGAAGAUGGAUGACAAGACCAAAGCAGUUGACAACGAACAGACGCACGAUGGGCGCCGCCAGUCUGGGCAAGACGCCGUACGACCGCUGCACCGCAGACCAAUGACGGCCACUGGCGAGCGCCCCCCUUCCCGCUUGGCGCGAUUGGACACGUCAAAGAAGCUCCUCGCACCUCGAACUGUCUCGCGCUACGCACCCUUGCCAGACAUUGGGCAGCCAUUUCGUGGACAGCAGCAGCCUGCGUCGGUGGAGGCUUCCACCACUCAGCACAAGCCGCCUGCUGUGUCCCACGCUGAGCUCCAGAUGCCGACUGCUGAUGAAGUCAUUGCAGUCAAGUAUCAAACACACCGGUUCAAGAUUGACGUCAACAUGGCCUGGCCUCUGGCCAUGCUCCUCGAUCGCGUGUAUGCAGAAGCAGCAAAGAGUGGCGUGCGUGUUGCUGCUGCCCGGCCCGUCUUUGCGACGCCAUCCGUGCCAGUGCACACGUUUGAAGACCUCACACUGACGCUUGCUGCGUGCAGCAUUGCGCCAAAGUCGCUGCUGCUUCUUCGCGACGGAGACGCCUGAGAGACGGAGCACUGGCACGGCAACCAUCACACACACACCCAGGAAGCCGCCAAGCACAUGCCAGGCGUGGAACGCCUUGGGAGUGCUGUUCACGCUCACGCCUCAUGUUCACGCCGCAAUCACAAUACCAGGGCUGUGAGUGAAGAACAGCAGCAACAUUGCAGCAGCAGCGGUUGGAUAACGCAUGACACCACACCAGCUCAAGAGUACCUACAGUGACCAUGAAUUUGGCUGGCUGGCUUUUCGUGCAUGGCGUACGUCGUCCAGAUUCUCGAUAUGACACGCACCGCUCCCCCAGCCGGACACACGACCGCACUGAGCAGACAGCAACCAGUGCACAGCGUAUUUAUUUGCUAGUAACGAACACGCACGCUCGCGCACACUCAUGCACUUCAGCACACACAACCACAGCUAUAUACAUGGUGGUACAACCACGCACGUGCACGCACACACACACAGCGAUACAGCGACACACACACACAUACACAUACACAGCGAUACAGCGACACACAC